AUGACAGGACCCACCCCUAAUUCCUCGAAACCCGUGACGGAUUUUGUGGACGUACGUUGGGAAACCAAACGUCUUUCUUCUUCCUCCAACGCUUGGAGACCUUUCACGCAGACCAAACGAUGUGAAGAAGAAGACUCACCAUCGUCAGUUGAAGAAGAAGACCCACCAUCGUCAAUUGAAGAAGAAGACCCACCAUCGUCUGCGACAGAGGUGCUAGUAGUCCAAGGAAAGGGUGGACAGUAUCGAGGGACGGGAGUGUGGAAGCUCCCUACUGGAAAAAUAAAACAAGCGAUGGCUGAGUUUGUGGAGUGCUCGAAGAAGACGAAGAGCCCUCCCUUCCAAGACGAAGGAAGAGCUGCCAUCGCGAGUUGAGCUUGCAAGAAUUCUAUGCCAA